GGGGCGGACACUCGCAUGCCCCGCCCCCAGCACGGCCCGCUCCUCGCGUCCCGGCCGCCUGUGGCGUCAGCGGCGGCUGCGCGCGCGUGAGGCCGGGCAGAGCUAGCGGAGGCUCGGACCGGAAGGGGCGCCGUGGCCGGCCGGGGCGCCGCCUCUCUCUCUUGGGCGUCGGAAACAUGGGCGACCCCGGGCCGGAGAUCGUGGACGCCGUCUCUCCUGCCCGCCCCGAGGCCCCUGCGUCCGCCGCGGAGGAGAACGAGGACGACAUCCAGUUCGUUAGUGAAGGACCAUUAAGACCUGUUCUUGAAUACAUUGAUCUGGUCAGCAGUGAUGAUGAAGAGCCUAGCACCUCACGUCCUGAGAGAAUGCCUGAAUCUAAGGUGCCACCCUCUGAGAGUCAUCGUUCUAGCUGCAGUGCUCCUCUUCCCAUUGGAGACAGCAGCUCCUCCUCUGGGAGCUGUACCAGCAGUCCACAAAGGAUAGUUUCUCAGCUUUCCUCUGUUGAGAGCCCAUUGGAAAACCAGAAAAAUGAUCAAAAUAAUUCUGAUAAUAAAAUCUCUGAGACAGAGACACGUAAACCUUCACAAAAAUACCAGACUUUGCCUUCAUCUUCACUUCUGGUCCCCCAGGAAUCUUUGGACUCUUCUGAGGUCAAAGAAGAUUUACCCAUAGAGUCUUCUACUUCACAGCAUGGACAGGAUGCUAUCCUCUAUCUCCAGACACAAGUGGCUGAAAUGUCCCGAGUAAUACGUGAUCUGCAGUCCAGGAGCUGUUUUAGGUUUCAUCAUUCUAGGCCAAGUGAGAAUUCUUCAGUUCCUUGGGACCUCUCCACAUCUAAGGAAGAAAAUUUAUCCACAGUUGAAGAAGAAGCUACAAAUUACAAAUCUCCAUCAGCAGACAACAAAGGGCAGCCAACAGACCGCACCCGAUCUAGUUUCACAGGUCUGUUGAAGAGAAUGGAACAGAGAGGUGUUAUAAAGAGGGUAACCUUACAAUCUGAAACAGAAUCAUGUGAAGGGAAGCCUGAGUGUGUAACUUCUAAAAAACGUUUGGUUCCACCAUUGCAUCCACUUUUGAGAAUUGCCAGUACUGAGGUUUUUAAGGACCCUGCUGACUGUCACCCUUCUUCUUUCAUGGGACACAGGGUAUAUCCUGUGUCCAAGGAUACCUCUCCUUUCCAACCAAAUCCACCAGCUGAGGGCCCCAUUGUAGAAACAUUAGAGCACAGCAAAAGAGGAAGCACAACAUCUCCUUUAGAUUCUACCUCAAAAGAAAUGGAGGUCAUGGGUGGUAGGUUCUACCGCGCUGCCUCCAUUGCGGCUCGAGCUGCCAGCUAUAUGGCCUAUAUGACUCAGUAUCAGCGUAAGCUCUGGGAAGACAUGGAAGAUUUAGUUCAUAAUCCACAGUUUGAUCAUGGAAAAGCAAGGUGUAUAAUAUCUGAUGGUAUGGAUGCAGGCCUUUGGCAGCUCUGUACCACUAGGGACAUAAUGGACUCAGUAGUCAGAGUUAUGGCCAUGGCGGUAGACUAUAGAAGGCAAGCCUGGCUCCGACUUACAUCUCUCAGUAAGAAAACCCAGGAAAAGAUCUUACAUUUGCCAUUUGAUGGUACUUCUCUUUUUGGACAAGAUGUAAAUGCUGUUGUUGCAGAAGACAAUAGUAUUAAAGAAAAUGACUAUAAGAAUCACAAAUACUAUAACCAGCAUCGAUACUUUAAUUGCCAUGAUCAAAAAGCGUAUUAUCACAAUAGAGGAUAUUCCAGAAGGGAUUGGUACAAACCCAGAAACCACCCUUAUAGGUAUAGAAAAAAAGACUCUCCAGAACGACAUGGAUAUAAGAAUUAACUGUGUGUUCAGCAGAAGUCAUUCAGGAUUCUUUUUCAUUUGUUUCACACCACUCAAGUAGGAUUAACUAUAAACAGAAGGUCAUCAAUAAACUGCAUGCGUGUCUGGAAUGAUUACAGUGAAUGUUUGAAGUGUAAAAUGAAAAGACUCGAGUUUUUUUGGCCAAGUGAGUAUUGGAAAUUUUGCCGUAAGGAGGGCUGGGCAAAGGUUACCCAUUGUUUGUGGUCCAAAAUAAGGCCAGAUGAGGGCACUUAGGACUCCAGAUUCUCUUAGGUUAAGAGAAAGUACAUAGAUACAUGUUCCUUAGGAAAAUUGUGUGGUAAAAUGAGGACCAGUAGAUUUUGAAUCUGGAAACAGUUUACUAUUAGAUUCUAUUUAGUAAGACCAGAGGCAAAUCUUCCAUUUUUAUGUCAUCAGUGCUUUGUCCAGGCAUCAGCUUGAUGGAUCUUCAUUAAAUGACAGCUCUGUUAAUAGUCUCUGUGUCAAGAUGAUCAACUCACCAAGAGUUCAGACUACUAUCAAGCUCCGUGAGACUUUAGAAUCAGCUGUGAAGCUAUGUGCCAAUUGGAAUUCAAACAAGUUUUGCCAAAUCCAGUUUGCGUCUAGCUGGAAUGGCUUCCUGUCACAAGUCUGCUGUGGUUACCAGCUGGAAAGACUUUUCUACCUAUAAUGAUAUAGAAAUUUUUGUAGUGUCUUCAUUAAGACUGAUGGCCACUAUACCAUCAACUCUCCUAAAACUACAUGUGCGAUAAUUCUUUGUAGUCAUAGAUCUUAGUAGUCGUUGAACUAUCAAGCUCACAUAUCAAGUUGAGAGACUGUAAUAAAGGUCUCACUGUAUUAAUGUGGGCCUUUCACUAAGAUGGCCUUCUGAAAUCUAUCAUGUCAACAGUUAAUUUGUUUGAGCUUGAUAAUGCAUCCUACUCUAAAUAUAAAGAUGUGAAUAGCAAUGCUCUGGAAAUAAAAGAUUAUUUAUACUCUGAAGGCAUGCAAAUCUGAACUCUGUAAAAAUUUAAAACAUGGCUGACAAUCUGGUCCUCUUGGCAAAAGUGAAAUGAGGUGCCAUCAGUUUAGCUUUUGUUGAAAAAUCCUUAAGGCUUAAAGCAAAAUUGUGGAUGUCAUGAAGCAAACAAGCCAGAUAGUUUUCGUUUCUGGAUGUCUAAUCACAUUCAUUAAAGAUUUUUUUAAAAGGUUGAAAUCAAGACUUCAAGUGACGUGUUCUUGGUUAAUUGGUCACUGAAUCUUGUCAAACUCACUGUAAGAGAUGACUUACAUUUCUGCCAUAUUGGAACUGGCAGCAGAUACCUCAGUCACACAUCCCACAAUAUCUUCUGUGUGUAUCUCAAGGCACUGGCUAUAUGGCAUACCGGCCUUUAGAUCCUUGUCUUCACAGCAUGGCUCUGGGAAUGGAGAAAAUGUUGAAAGAUUCUGAAUACAUCAGUUACUGUUACUUGCUUAAUAGCCAAAAGAGUUUUUUUUUUGACAGACUUAAGUAAUUCUGUAAUUUUUUUGGUUUGUCAAACAUUUGUCUUGUCUGUUUGAUCAGGUGUUUUAGGUGCAGUGUUGGCGCAUGUAGCACUGUUUUAGGGCAUAUGUGAUUCUGUUUCUUUUUGUCACAGUUCUUGCACAGUAUUGCCCUUUCUUUCAAAUAAUGUUUGAUACCCUUUUAAUAGUUUAUUAGAAGCUUAUUCUCCUGUCAUUCAGCACAUUUUUUAAACUUAUUUUUAAACUUUUUAUUUCCACUUGCCAUAGAGGUUGAAGACAUUAAUUAUCCCUACUUGGAAGAAGUUACUUUAUUGUCAGGUAAUCUUAGGAUAUUGUAUUGGUCCUGUCUGUGCUAUUUAUCCAUGAAGCCUGAACUAGUCUUUAUGAAGAUCAUUUGAGUACAUUUAACCAAGUUGCAUCUAAAGUUAAUAUUUAUCUUUUCUAUAUUUCUCACAGAGUUGGAUCCGUGCCAGUGCUCUGUAAAAACUUGUCUUUGAAACUUACUAUUGAUUAUCUUAAAAAAGAAAUCAAGGGCCUAAGAAAUUACAUGUAGAUUUUUGUUGCUUGCAGUGUGUUUGGCACCAAUGGAGCACUCUUGUGCCCUUGGCGUUGGUGCUGUAGUUUUGUCCCAUGAAAGGACUCGCCACCUGACAUCUCACAAGAGAAAGACCUGAGCUUCUAUGUGGCUGCAUAUCAGUGUUACUAAUGCUGUUCUAAUUCCAUUUCUCCUUUUUUCUUCCCUCAAUCACAUGGUGCAUCACAAACUUGGUGAUUUUUGAGAUAACUGUAAAGCUUAACAUGAUUCUCUGAAAUUGCUUUUGUACCAUGCUUCUACUCCUCUCCCCCUUUUAAAUUGUGGUUAAAAAAUUCAAAAUGUAGCACCUUAAUCAUUAUUACUGUUAACUACUUCCAGGUUGUUGUGUAGCUUUCUUAAAUAUUUUAAAGAAAACAAUUGUUCUCUUUUGAUGCUUACAUUACUCAGUAAUAAAGAGACCCUGCUUAACCACUUAAGCCCAAGCAUCCCUAGAAAAUUGUUUUUCUUAAAGUGGAAAAGUAUUAGUGGAAACCAACAAAUUGAGUAACCAGUUAGGUAAAUUAGUGAAAGUUCUUGAUAGUUGAGUGGGAAUAGGGACAGAAUGCAACAGGGUAGAACUGGCCAGUGCCUGUGUAUUAGUUUCUUGACUGCAGAAGAAAACAGUUUCCCAGUGUCCUCAGCCCAUUUAUCAUUUUUGUAAUCUCUCGUAUACCUGAAUGAUGAUGGUAUUACAAAACUAAAAGUGCAUGCCUGGUCUAGAGAACCUACCCCAGUAGAAAACAGAACUCAUCUUAGUCAGAUACGCAGUCAUUGUUCCUGCUAUGUGCAGAGCCUGUGGCAAAAUUCUUUAUUAGGCUAACCUCUGACUUAAAAUACCUCUAGGUUUUUUAGGAGGCCUUGACAUAGCUGCAAAUUUUAUGAUUUAGCAUUUUCAAAAAGGAUGUGUCUACUGAUCUUUUUUCUUCAAAAUGUUAUUUCUUUACUAGACAGAAAAUGUAUAUGAAGAAAAUAUGAUUUCUUGUAGCUACUAUGUAUAAGGAAGUAAUUAUCUCCAUUGUUAUAUGAAGUGCCUUUUUAAAUAUCACACUAUGUUUAAAACUUAUAUUUUGGUGUCUUGCAUAUAUUGCGGGUAGUAUUUGAGUUUUGUGUCACAUUUUAAUCUUUUAGUUUAUUGCCUUCAUUAUAUUAAUUGCACUAUCUAAAUGUACUCCCUUGAAUAUUAUUUUUCUUUAUAGCACUGUUAACUCAUUUCAGAGAAUGGUAUACUUUCCUCUCAUUCACAAAAAUUCUUUUUAUUUUUUAGUGAUUAGCCCAGUUUUCUGAGCAUUAAGGCAGCUUCAUAUGUUCUGAAUUUUCUGAUUAAGUCAUUUGUCUUAUGUUUAACCUUGUUCUUAGCCAUGGUAACAAAAUGUGUUUAUUUGGUAAGAAAAAGCAAAGACAUUUUUUUUGAGGGGUGGGAUUACCAAGGAUCGAACUCAGGACUUGUGCUUGUUAGGCAGGCGCUGUACCGCUGAGCUCUAUCCCUAGCCCAAAGCAAGGACUUCUUAAAAAACAGUAAAUUUGCUGACACUUUAUGUAUGUAUGUGUAUAUAUACAUAUAUAUUUAUUUUAGACUGAAUGAUUGCUUCCUUGUCAGUAUAAUUACAUUUAAACUUUAAAGCUGUGUAAUUUAUCAGUGUAAUUUCAUUUAUUUACUUAGCCCACAAAUGACAUGUAGAGGGGCACAUAAGCUUUUUCAGGCUCCUUAGAUACUGUUUAGUACUCUAUAUUAGUACUACAGUAAUAGUUUACUGAAUUUUAUACCUAAAUGAUCUGAUAAUGUCCUGUCCUUAAGGACCUGUUACAUCCAGGAUGACCUCUCAGGUGUAAUAAACAAGGAGGUUGAGAAAGAAACUGCAGAGUCCCUUCUGUAAAAUUGAAUACUUAACAUGAACACAGAAUUAAGUGGCAAACUCAUUAUUUGUGAAGAUACAAUUAAUUGGGAUUCUUAUGAAGGUUUGAAAAUGUGGAUUAGAUCUUUUUGGAAAUAGUUCAAAGGUUGCAAUAAUUGGACACUUACUUAUUUUAGUGUGAGAUCUGUUUUGCCCCAGUCUUGGCACUGUUCAGAUUACCUUAUCUUUUGACAUUUGCCGUCAUAGCCACUUGAUGGCUAGCCCAGUAAAUUGAUUGUCAUACCUGUAUGCAUGUCAGUCAGUUGGCCAGAUCCAUGGUUUUUAGUAGACACAUAAACUGGUCAGUUCCUUUUUUUACUUAACGUUACCAGGUGGAAGUUACCAGUAAACUGAUGAUGAUUAUUGUAUUGAAUGAAAAUCUUUUUAUUUUUAAUAUGAUGAGUUUGUAAACCAUUAAAAUUUAUGGAAAUUUUUCUCCCUGGAUGAUGAUAAUAUUGUUUUAUUAAAUCUUUUUUUCUCUUAUUAAUGGGAUGUUCUUGUACUUCUUUGUCUUCUCAUUUGUUUGAACUUACUGCAAUGAAAACCUUUGUAGUAGUGUCUGGUAUUUGUGGUUCUUGUGGAACACAUCUGAAGUGGUCCCAUUCCAGUCAUGUCCUUUUGAUGUUAGCCCGGCACUUGUUUUAUUCUUUGUAUUAAUCUUCUCUUCUCCUUUAUGUAAUACUUACUAAAAAUAUUUCUGAUUUAAUUCCUUUGAGAUAGAUUAUAUUUUUAUUUUACCAGGGUAUAUGAGCUAGCAUUUUGAUGUGGCUUUGUAUUUGUAUAUUUAAGUACCAUGUCUUAGGCAGUAUUCUGAUAGAUUUUCUUUUUUCCUGAGAGAUUUUUAGAUGUUUAGUAAAACAUCAUUUUUAGUAAAGAUAACCAGUAGUCUCAAACUUUCCCUUGGCUUUUGACGCGGUAUUAGUUAAACACCUUCUUAUUUAAUGACAGGAUUUUUUUUUUUAUUUAAUUGCAUAUUGUUUAUGGUCAAAUUCAUUUGAAGCCUAUAGCCUGAAUAGACUAUAUCUCUAUAUAGCCCUGCUCUACCUAUCUGAUACCUUGUUCUUACAAUUAACCAGUUUUCUCUAGGUCUUAAAGGCUUUACUAGGUGACCAUCCAUUUGCAGUAGUUUGUUAGAUUUUCUGAUGACUUGUCAAGUUUAGAGCGCUCAGAUUUCUUUUAGGACUUCAAAGGUCUGUUAAAAGUUUUAUUUUUUUUCUGGUAUUCCUGAGUAUAUUUCUUGGUAUAGUGAAAGUAAAUAUUUUAUAUAUGAUGAGAUAUUUCAAAGUACUCUGUCAUAAUGCUUCAGGUAUUCUUGUGUUAUAGGUUUUGUUAGUCUUUUUUAGCCCAAUUUUCAUAUGCAGUAUAUUUCUUCAAAUAUUUUUUCUUUCAUUAAUUAUCACAACGUUGAGUUUUAAGGACUAUAGAUAGACUUUUGUUGACUUCUACUUAUAUCCAUGGUGGCUAUGUUUCACACUAUAUUGAUUUGUAAUGUAUUUAUGUGUUAAGUAACUAUAAUGUUUUUUAGUCCGUUACAUAUCUUUUAAUUAGAGUGAGGCAGCUGUGGUGUGGAUAAUGGAAUAAAUACAUUACCCCAAAUCAUUAAACAUAAGUUCAGGUUUUCAAUUCCAUUUAUUUGGAGUCUUUUUGUUUGUUUGUUUAUAUAUUUAUUUAUUUUGUGUGUGUUGAGACGGGGGCUCGCUGUGUAGUUCAGGCUGGCCUUCAACUAACUUUGUAUCCUAGGCUGGCCUCAAACUUGCAGCAGUCCCCCUACCUCAGCCUCUUUAGUGCUGAGAUUACAAGUGAGAACCACCACACCUGGCUGUCCAGUUCUUGCUUUAAAAAAAUUAACAUUUAACUUACAGUGUUUCCUGCAGUUAGAUGUGUGACCCAUCCCUUUCUGCCUUGAGUAGGAUAUAGUUAACAUGUAAGUAAUAGCAUUUAGACUUUCAGCACAGAAUUGCUUGUGUGUUGUUACUUUAAUGGCCUUUUAAGAGCUCAUAUAUUCUAAAAUGUUUUGGAAUCACCUUGAUAGCCAAUUGUCUGUUACCUUCCUCUUUGGGAAGGAAGUAGAAGAUAGAAGCUCUGUCUACAUCAAUAGACUCUCUUGAGAUAGAAAUUCACAAUUUAUAGGUAAGGGUGUAAAACUUGAGUCAUUAAGUAGCUUACUCAAGUGUUAUGAAAGUUAAUAGACUAGACUUUUAGCAUUGUACUGGCCUGCCUCCAUGUAUUUAAAAGGCUCUGCUCAUAUCUUUACCUCUGUGACCAACAAAUUUCAAGUGCAGUGAAUUUUUCAGUUGCCUAAAUUUUAUUCUCAAGUAAUUCUUGAUUAUUUCACUUGUCAGAUUAGGAGCUCUGUCCUCUUCGUUCCCUGAUUGAGGUUUCAUUGUGCUGGACUAAGAUGAUUCUUGACAAUCAUUGGUUUCUGUUUCAUGACGUGUUUAUUCCUGUCCAUUUUCAGCAUUGAUCAUUUUAGUCAUAAUUGUUAUUUUCAUUGAUCUACAUUUUUUAAACCUUUUUAACUUGAUAUACACUAAUGUUUAAAACUGGCGUCUUGCAGGUGUUAUCUUAACUGAAGGAAAAUGGUGUGGUUUAAAGCACUUGGUAUUUGAAUUAUAAAGGCCUUGAUCUUGAUAUUAACAAGUCCUUUGUUUUCUAAGCUUAUUUUCUUUUCAGAUGAGUUAAUGCCUUGCAAGUAGUUUAAAAAAAAUACUGAAGCCCAAAGUAGAUUUCCUUUUUUAAGUAAUUGUGCUGCUAUGGAAUAAUAUUGGGUACAGAUGGAUACAUACUUCUAAGAAUGUAUUUGAUAGCAUGUGCAUUUCAUGACAUCUGAUCAUGUUCCCCUUGUUUACAGUUUUUAAGACUUAGUACAAGCCUAAUAGUAGCCUAAAUCCUUGAGAAACAUAGUUAAAUAGGCUCUUUCCUCAAGUGCAAACUAAAUAGAAAAAGAAUACAGAUUGAAGACUUAUGGUGUUAAAGGUAUGUUUGUAUGAUUUUUGAUGGAUGGCAUUUUUUGAUUUUGUAUUUAUGUUGAAAGCAAUCAUCUUUUCAAUUGUCAAGUUUUAUCUUUUUCAAUACCUGCUGUGUGUAGGUAGGUACUACGGAAGGUCUAGGAAUACUGAGGGUAAGAGACAUUAUGUUUAGAGAAACGAAUAGCAGAACAGUGUAGUUGCUCUGUGUAGAGGAAUGCCUGUGGUGAUGUUGGAACAAAAAAGAGGGUUGUAACAAGGUGUUGAGAAAGCUUUUCUUGCUUACCAAGUACUUGAAUUGGAUUUUGGAGCUGUCUGUUGAGGCAGCUGGAGCCAGGCAGUGAGGCAGAGAAAGUAGUAGUGUCUGCCAAGGGAAACAUGAGUUGUGUCUGGUUUCAAAAUAAUGAGUAGGGUUAGGGGGACAGAAAUAAGAGAUAAUUAAGCAGAAGAAAGGAUAAGUUACCCAUGUAAAUAUGUUGGUAUCUGUGUAGCUAUUGCUUGUAAGGUUAUAGAAGUAGUUUAGAAAAUGAUUUUUUCCAUAAUCCACUGCAGACAUCUAGAAUAACUUUUUUUUUUUUUUUUUAACUUGACCUGAUCCCAAGGAGUGUUCUCAACAGCAUACGUCUGGCCCCAAAGUAGUUUACCUAAGCAGUGAGAACAAACUGAGGCUGGUACAGAAUGACUUGGAAGAGAAUCCAUGUAGUAUCUCCUAGGUGGAGUGUGACAUUCCGUUGUAUAUUUCAGGGUCACCUAACAGUACAGUGGUGCUUCAGUUUGUGAACUUAAUUUGUUGUACAACUGUGGAAAAGAGGACCUUGUUUGUAUUUGUGUGGGAAAGGGGACCACAGUCUUGUUUGUCCCCUGAUGCAGAGUUUGCAAAUAAAUACAAAAUGUGGCCAAAUGCUGUUUACAAACAAAAUUGUUUGCAGACAUGUGUUCCUGAACUGAGGUACAAUACCACUAUACUUCCCUCAGUGUAGUUAAAUGUGGCUUAAUUUCCCUCUGGGUUGAUUUAGGAAUAAUUUCUGGGGGCUCUUGAGAAAAAUGAAGAUACAGAAUAUUCUGCAUUGAUACUGAAAGGUGCUGUUUUUGAGGUAACUUGAACUCUUGUCCUGUGGUAUCUCCAGCAGCUUCCAAACACAUCUCAUCAAAUUGUCUCCUUGGUAUUAUCUUUACUUUUGACAGUUUCUCUUCCCUGCAUUCAUUGUUUUCAUCUCCUUUCCUUUCCUUUCCCACCAGAGGGAGACCAAUAGAACUCAGAAUUUACAAGUAACUCCCUUUUAUGGUAACUACAUAUUCAGAGGUAUUUACAAUUCUCUUAAGAUGCAAAUUUGUAUGAUUUUUAAUGUCCUGUACUAAUAACAGAAGAUCAGAGUCAUUUUCUUCAGAGAAUUUUUACUGAAAAGAUAUUGGCAAUUUUACUGGGAGAAUCUUGUUAAGUUUGAUGGUACUAGCUUUCUUAACUAAGUACGCUAUAGAAUGGGAUAUAUCUGUAUGUAAUGCUUUUAACUUUGUUCAUAUAAAGUAAAUGUUUUGUGUACUUUAUAAGCAGUAAAUGGGUGGGGAGGAGCUUGCUUUGUAAAAAAGAUUUCAAAAUUUUGCUGCUGGAGGAGGCAAAUAAAUAUUAUGUUACUUUGC